CCCCUGACGUCGCAGACACACAUUCAUUCACACGCUCAUAAGUUUGAAAGCAAAGCCUAGACUCUCAGCUCAACUCCACCUGUCCGCUACUGACUAACACUGCAGUCACUUUCUGUCGGAAAUCUACAGCACAGCUCUUGUUAACGGCCGUCUUGCUAUGAGGACUUGCGGGAGGCGAUAAGCGUGCUGUCCUGUCCGAGUUAUUUUGGAGUAAUCGACUGAGCGGAGAGUUUUUGGCGAAGCGAAUUGUCGACAUUUGAGUGCGCGCGCUCGUCGCGAGAGGGGCAGAAGAAUGUCGCGCGACCCUGAGGAGGUGAAUAAACUGACCGAGAGCACUUACAAGAAUGUUAUGGAACAAUUCAAUCCAGGGUUACGUAACCUCAUAAACCUGGGAAAGAGCUACGAGAAAGCUGUUUCAGCCAUGGCUCUGGCUGGGAAGCAGUACUUUGAUGCUGUAUCUAAGAUCGGGGAGAACGCAGCCGUAUCUCCAGUGUCCAGGGAACUGGGGGUCGUCCUGAUGGAGAUCUCAGAUGUCCACCGGAAAGUCAAUGUAGAACUGGAGGAGAACUUCAGACGGUUUCAUCGGGAGGUCAUUGCAGAGUUGGAGAGAAAGACAGACAUGGAUGUAAAAUACAUGACGGCCACGUUUAAGAGAUACCAGACCGAACACAAGAUGAAGCAGGACUCGCUGGAGAGAUCGCAGUCGGACCUGAAGAAACUCAGAAGGAAAAGUCAAGGAAAGAACGCUUCGAAGUAUGAAAGUAAAGAGAACGAGUGUCUUGAAACUCUCACUCACCGUCAGAUGGACAUGCAGAAGUUCAUCGCUGACGGCUGUCGAGAAGCUCUGUUGGAGGAGAAGAGGCGCUUCUGCUUCCUGGUGGACAAGCACUGCAGCUUCUCCUUCCAGUUUGCAGCUUUUCAUGACAAGGCUCGAGAGCUUCUGUCAGAGAACCUGACCGGCUGGCAGGACAAAUGCGGUGACGCUACCAAUGUCCCAGACAGCGUGAUGUCUAUGAUUGAAGGUCUUCGCACUCCAGUGGCCAACACACCACAGGCGUCUCCAGCCCUCCAGCGCCACAGCAGGGCCAACUCAGAUGCAGUGAUUCCGGCACCUCCAUUGCCGCCUCAGACGAGUCCCCUGGCCAACAUGUUCAAUCAAGAGUCAUCCAGACCGGAGAGAGAGCCUGAAUACAACAACGAGGACAGUGGAUUGUCCAGGUCUGUGUCGAUGGCCACUGGCCUCAAUCUCACAGACAAAAGACCCAAAGUGCGCACCAUUUUCCCCCACAAGUCUGGAAACAACAGCACGCUGCUGAGCUUUGAAGAAGGAGACAUCAUCACACUGCUGAUUCCUGAUGAGAGGGACGGCUGGCUGUACGGAGAACUGCAGAAAACCAGACAGCGGGGCUGGUUUCCAUCAUCUUACUGUCGUGCAUACACAGAGCCAGCUGUAAAUAACAGUUUUGUUGGAAACCCUUCGAUGCGCAGUAAGAGCGUGGCCAACCUCAUGCAUCAGGAACCAGAGGACAACAUGAUGGUUCUGCCUCCAGCGGACUACAGCGAUUCGCCCGCCAGGAGAAACUCCACCAAGAGUCUGACGCAGACAUACACCCCAUACACUGAGAACUCGGUCCCUCUGUCAAACGGGCUGCCAAAGCAUCCUUUCCUAGGGGGAGGGAAUCCAUUCGCUACAGUAAAACUUCGGCCCACGAUCACCAAUGACAGAUCCGCCCCCAUCAUCUGAUCGACACCACAGCUGGCCUUCAUGCUCUCCCAGAGCGCACUACAGUGAACACACGCAUUCCCACAGGGCUCGCUGGAUUCGGACAGAGACCCUCCGCUGAGAAUGCUGGGAUUCACAGUAACACACUUAAGCACACAAACUCCCACAUACUGUUGAACCACUAUUUAUGUCUGUCCCCCUUAAAACCUCCACCUCUUUCUCUCUCUCUCUCUCUCUCUGUCUCUCUCCAAGGAGAGAGAGAAAGAGAGAAUGUAAUAUAUAUAUAUAUAUAUAUAUAUAUAUAUAUAUAUAUAUAUAUAUACAUCUUGAAUGUGUGUGUAUAUAGAGAGGGAAUCAAUGUAUAUGCAUAUAGUUGUAAGAAUCACUAAAGCAGGUAGUCAGAUGUUGAACUUUCAGAGCGUCAUUCUGUAAAUACACGAGAGAAGAUGAGUGCGAUCUUAACUUUUUUUAUAUAUAUAUAUUUACACUAGAUGGGAACCUGCUUUAGCAGAAAAGUCCUGAUGAUAGUGAUGUGAACCGAAAUGCUGUUGAAAAAUUCUACUUAUUGUAGGUGCUGUCUGAACUGGUCGCUAUUCCUCAAAACACUUGAGCCCAAUUAUCCUGGUAACUAGUGGAAUGAGCUUGACCUGAUGGAUUCCUGAGCGUGAAGUGAAUUAAAGCGUUAUGAUCCCAGUGAAGGUCAUCGAUUGGAAAGUAGAGCCAUGUUUAUGUAAGCAUGUUUACCAGAGUUAGCUGGCUAACUCGCUCAGCUAGCCUUUAGCAAGACAGUCAAUCUCCAGUUUGAGCCGGAGACGUCCAGUGUGCAGACAACACCACCAUCUACAAGAGCUUUUAUAGCUGAUUUUCUUUUUUAGAUCAUUAAUUAUUUUAGGAAAAGGGAGCUUUGCUUUUAUCAGCAUAGUCACAACAUUGAAUAAUGAUCCAUUGUCGGUCAGUGGAUAGUGAUUUAUUUAUCUUGUGCUUUGGGGAAACUAUUCAUUCGGCUUUGAUUGUAUCAAUGCACUUUUCCGCUGAUGUUGGCCGCCUGAGAUCUUGUAGAUCAUUGCUGUAUGAAAAUAAAAAUAUUUUGUUUCUAAA